GUGAGGGCCGCCGGCGCCGUCGCCGUCGCCGUCGCCGAGCCCGUCCAAUCCCAACGCGCGCCCCACACGGCCGCCUCGCCCGCCCUCCACCGUAGGCGAGCCCACCCACCCGUGGCCCCACGCAUGCAGCCGCGGGGCCCUUAAAAGCAGCCGCACAUGCUUCCAGCGACGCUGCAACAGCAGCAGCAUCUAGCGUGAUCCCCUCACCACCUUGCCUUCUGCAAGCAGAGGUUGGGCUGAGGAGGAGGGGUUUGGACUGUGAUUGCCGGUAGCAACCAUGCUCGUGAGGAGCGCCUCCACGCCGGUCCUCGGCGCGCUCCUCCCGCCGGGCUCCCAGUCGCCGGCAGUCACCUCCCCGGCCGUCCACUUCGCCGAGUCUCCGGCGGCGGCCUACCACCCGCCGGCCAUCUCCUGCCACCUCGCGGGCCCCGGAUCCGACCACGAGCGCUCGCGCGGGCUGGGCGCCGGCAUGCGCCGCACCAGCUCGGAGGGCAACCUGGCCUCCCUGGCCGGCCGCGCCGACGAUCACCACCACCUCCUCCCGCCGUCCGGCAAGUGCGCGCCGCGGGCGCGGCCGGUGCCGCUCGAGACGAUCCAGUCGUUCACGGACCGGCGGGCGUCCACGGACGACGAGGAGGAGGACGGCGACGACGGUUUCGAGGCGGACCGCGAGAUGAGCUUCGGGCACUUCAGCUUUGCCGGCGGCAGCACGUACUCGCAGGAGCACCCGCUGUUCCUGGCCAGGGGCCUCGGGAUCGACCGCCUCGGCUCGGGCCUCCUGAGCGCCGACGGCGGCGGAGGCGGGUUCGGCGGUGGCGGCAACCUGGGCACGUCUGGCAACGGAGGGGACCGGUCCGGCAUCGAGAUGCAUUACAAGAAGAUGAUCGAGGAGGACCCCUGCAAUGGCCUCUUGUUGAGGAACUACGCGCAGUUCCUCUACCAGGUGAAGGGGGAUUACCGGAGGGCGGAGGAGUACUACUCCCGCGCGAUCCUCGCCGACCCGGACGACGGCGAGCUCCUGUCGGAGUACGCCAAGCUGGUCUGGGACGUGCACCGCGACGAGGAGCGCGCCUCCAGCUACUUCGAGCGGGCAGCCAAGGCUUCCCCGGAGAACAGCCACGUCCUCGCCGCGCAGGCUGCGUUCCUGUGGGACACCGAGGACGCCGACGGGCCUGAAGAUGGCGGCAGCGGCGCGCUUGGCUACGCGGGGUUUGCUCCCGCGCAUCCCUCCCUGGCUUCGGCAGCAAUAUGAUUUGAAAACAGCCUCUCUGAAUGUCCCUGAAUGAAGCUAGCAUAAUACUGUUCUAGUUUGUGCUCGUUUCAGUAAUAGCUUGGUAAUAAGACUAGUGAGCCUCGGCUGGUGCAGGUGCAGCUUGUGUGUACUUGUUUAACUUCGACAAUGAGCAAGCAGAUCCCAGAUUUCUGUUGAAUUUCUGUAUCCAUAAGUGAAGAUGCAGGGCUAGUCAGCCGGCCGCUAUAUAUAUAGAACUAUGUUCAGUUGUUCUAGUCGAAUGGCACUGUAGCCAUGUGGUGAUUA